UUGGUUUGGUUUGACAAGUUUCCCUGGACGAUCAUGGGGGAAGGACUGAGUAGUUAAUUGACACAUCAAUAAAAAGUUGCAGCUCAGUUUUCGCGUUUUUUUUAACGUACACUGGGGAUACGAUGCUUUGGCAAAUGUAGGAACAUUUGUGAGAAGUUUCCUUUUUUUUUGAGUGAGUUCAAAUCUUCAUUGGAAAGCCAGACACACGAGUUAAGAUGAACAGCCUGUCUUUUGACGAUCCUUCGUUGGAUAACCUGGAUCCGACGCUGUCGCUGAAUGACCCCAGCGAUAUUGACACGGCCCUCUUAAGCGACAUUGAUGACAUGCUACAGCUCAUCAGCAACCAGGACAUGGAGUUUGGAGGACUGUUUGAUAACCCUCCAUACACAGGGCCUCCUCCCAGCCAAGAGCUCCCUGGUCUGACCCAGUCCAUCACCUCUUCUGCCCCUCCGACCACCACUACGACACCUCCACCUCCACCUCCAGCCUCCUCUUCCAUCCUAAGCAGCAGCCCUCACCUGGAUGCACUCCUGGGCCCUCCCAUCACCCGUAGUUCCUCCACCCCAGACAAGGCCUUCCAACCUCCCACCUUCCAGCAGUCGCCCCUCGCCCAGGUGCCCACACAGAGGCAGCCGCCAGCCUCCCCGCCGCAAGCGCAGAGCCUCAGACAGCCCCAGGUGGAGCAGCCCCAACCCAUUCUCAGCCCGUCUUCCUCGGUCCAGACAGCUUCACCCCAAGGCUCACCAGCACCGAAUCCAGCUUUCAGCUCCACGCCCCAGGCUCUCUUCACCUCGCCUGCACCCCAGACUCCGCCUCAGCCGCAGCCGCAGACACAAAUUCAGGCUCAGGCUCAACAGGCCCGGACCAGCUACAGCAGUCAGAACAGCUACACAACUGUCAGUCCCAGCAGUGUGAGCCAACCCACCACCAUCUUGUCAUCCUCACCCACAAGUGUUCAGCCAGUGACCAUUCAGGCUCAACUCCAAGGGCUCACCACCACUUCUCCUCUCCUGGCCACGUCGGCGAGUCCGCCGAUUCAAACCAUUGCACCCCACGUCCAGCAAGUACCUGUGCUGCUGCAGCCUCAGUUCAUCAAGGCUGAGUCUCUGCUGCUGACCACUCUGAAGCAUGACCCCUGCAUUGUCACUACUACUAUGGCCUCUCCCACAUCUCUGGCCACCACCACGCCGGUACAGAGCACUUCACUGCAGGCCUUCAUGGGCAGUGGCACCAUCCUGACCACGGUGCCCGUCAUGGUGGACGCUGAGAAGCUGCCCAUCAACCGCAUCGCCAUCAGCGGUAAGCCGGCAGGCCAGCCACACAAGGGAGAGAAGCGCACAGCCCACAACGCCAUCGAGAAGCGUUACCGCUCCUCUAUUAAUGACAAAAUCAUCGAGCUCAAAGAUCUGGUGGCUGGAACUGAAGCCAAGCUCAACAAAUCUGCUGUGCUGAGGAAAGCCAUCGACUACAUCCGUUACCUGCAGCAAGCCAACCAGAAACUCAAGCAGGAGAACAUGGCUUUUAAGAUGGCAGCCCAGAAAAACAAGUCUCUCAAGGACCUGGUUGCCAUGGAGGUGGACGGACCAGCUGAUGUGAAGAACGAGCUGCCCACCCCGCCAGCCUCUGACGUGGGCUCCCCCACCUCCUUCUCACACUGUGGCAGUGACUCAGAGCCCGACAGUCCGAUGGGGGAGGACACCAAGCAGCCGAGCUCGGGCAUGUUAGACGGAUGCGCAGCAGGAGGCGGCGCUGGCGGCAUGUUGGAUCGUUCCCGCAUGGCGCUGUGCGCCUUCACCUUCCUCUUUCUCUCCCUCAACCCUCUGGCCGCCCUGCUCUGCUCAUCUGGCAGCAGCUCAGCUGGAAGCGCAGCAGCCACUGCCACCCAUCACGCAGGAAGGAGCGUCCUGGGUGUGGACAUCACAGCGGACUCGUGGGGCUGGAUGGACUGGAUGCUGCCGACUAUACUGGUGUGGCUGCUGAACGGUAUUCUGGUGUCAGGGGUUCUGAUCCAACUGUUGGUGUAUGGAGAGCCUGUAACCAGACCACACUCUGGAUCCUCUGUCCUGUUCUGGAGGCACCGUAAGCAGGCUGACCUGGACCUAGCUAGAGGAGAUUUUGCCCAGGCCAGUCAGAACCUGUGGACCUGUCUCAAAGCUCUUGGUCGUCCCUUACCCAUCUCUCAGUUGGACCUGGCCUGUGCUGCACUCUGGUCCCUGCUCAGAUUCUGCCUCCAGCGCCUCUGGGUUGGCCGCUGGCUAGCUGCCAGGGCCGGAGGGCUGCGUUCUGACCGCCCCCUAAAGGAGGACGCCUGCAAAAGCAGCCGCGACGCUGCCCUGGUUUACCACCGCCUGCACCAGCUUCACAUGACAGGUAAGCUGAAUGGUAGCCACCUGUCAGCGGUGCACAUGGCUCUAAGUGCGGUGAACCUGGCAGAGUGUGCUGGCUCCUGUCUGCCUGUAGCCAGUCUGGCUGAGGUCUAUGUCUCAGCGGCUCUUCGGGUCAAAGCCAGCUUGCCAAGGAUCCUGCAUUUUACCUCUCGUGUGUUCCUGAGCAGCGCCCGCCAGGCGUGCCUGUCGUCCAGUGGCAGUGUGCCUCCAGCUAUGCAGUGGCUGUGUCACCCGCUAGGUCACCGCUUCUUUGUGGAUGGGGAUUGGGCUAUUCGCAGCACUCCGAAAGAAAGCAUCUACAGUCAGGCUGGCAAUACUGUGGAUCCUCUGGCCCAGGUGACUCAGGCAUUCAGGGAACAUCUCCUGGAGAAAGCUCUGUACUGUGUGGCCCAGCCUCACGAAGAGAAAAGAUCCAGCCAGGGCGAGGGAGAGUAUGCUGAUGCCCUGGAGUAUCUCCAGCUGUUGAUCAGUGCUUCAGAUGCGGCUGGUGCCACAUCACAGUCCUUUGCCAUCGGCUCCAACAUGGCCACUGUGACUGGCUGUGACCCUCACUCCAAGUGGUGGUCCUCAGUUACCGUCGUGAUCAUCAACUGGCUCCAAGGAGACGACGCCGCGGCGGAGAGACUGUAUCCGACUGUUGAGCACCUGCCCCGCAGUCUUCAGAACGCAGAGAGUCUUCUGCCCAAGGCAUGUCUGAACACAUUCAGAGCGGUGAGGGCUCUGCUGUCCAAGCCAGAAAACUGCCAGCUGAGUCUGAGCUACAGCGACAAGGCCAGCGCCCUGCUUCGAGACAGCCUCAACCUAGGACCACACUGCCACAGCUCCAGUUUAGACAAGGUUGUCCAGUUGCUCUUAUGCGAUCUCUUACUGGUGAUGAGGACCAAUGUGUGGCGUCUGCAGCAGCAGGGGGCAGGUCCUGCAGGUUCAGGGUCGACAGGUACCAGCGGCCCCACCGGGGUCCACCAGGCAUCCCCACCAGAGCUCCAAGGCUUUCAGCAAGAUCUCAGCUCGCUACGCAAACUCGCACACAGCUUCAGGCCUGCAAUGCGGAGGUUGUUCCUUCAUGAAGCUACCGCCAGACUGAUGGCUGGGGCCAGUCCCACCCGCACACAUCAGCUCCUGGAUCGCUCGCUGCGACGCAGGGCAACGCCCGGGGCCAAGACAGAGGAGUGCGAGACACGACCGGGCCAGCGGGAGCAGGCAGAGGCUGUGAUGCUGGCGUGCCGCUACCUUCCUCCCUCCUUUCUGUCGGCUCCAGGCCAAAGGGUGGGCAUGCUGGCGGACGCGGCCCGCACUCUGGAGAAGCUGGGAGACAAGAGGACCCUCCACGACUGCCAGCAAAUGAUCAUCAAGCUGGGCAGCGGCACCACCGUCACCAACAGCUAGAGAGAAGGGAGGGGCUGAGGGACAUGCAUGGACACUGUAUAUAGAAACAUUUCUGAAAUACAAAAACAGAUGGAAAACAAAAUCCUUGCAGACACAACAACCACACAGCCUCUGGCAUUUUGGCGUGCAGCUACUGAACAGAUUUGUGAAAUUAUACAGAUUCAUAUCAGACUGAUUGUCUUCGUGGACUGUCCCUCCCACCCCACAACCCCACAUCAACGAGCACUUGUAGAGUUCACUCUCUUGGUGCUAUGGAUUGCUGCCACAAUAUAGGAAGCAUUUUUCUCAGUUACCGAAAUUGAAUCCCCUCGUGAGAUUGCAGUGCCGCAGUUUGACCACAGAGAGGAGCCAUCAUGUCCUCUUAGUGGACGGUUCAGUGUGAAUGAUGUGUGUGUGUGUGUGUGUGUGUGUGUGAGUGAAGCAUGACAGAGAUAUUUGCCCUGCACUUAUUUGGUAUAGCUCCACACCCCCGAUCUUUUCGACGUAGGUGCACCCUCUCCAGGCAGGAGUGUUCAGUGGGUUGGAGUGACGAGCUGACCUGAUUGGUUGCACAGUGAAAUGUUUCUUGUUUGUGGGAGGAAAAAAGGACCAAACUGAUAUUGGUCCGACCGUGGGCUCAUCCAGUGGGAAGCCACUCCGCAGGUUGUUCAAAUAGUGUUAAAGUUGAAUCAUAUUUUUUAAUAAUCUGAGGAGAGGUGACCUGCUCUAUAAGCUCUGUCUUUAUCUGCACUAGCCCCGCGAGGCUUAUUUCAAUGAGAUAAGUAAUAAAUAUGGCUUUAUGAAAUUACUUUCAUAAGUCUUUUUUUUUUUUGUUUUGCUGUGUACAUAUUUUUAAAUGUAUUUAUAAUCUGAACUUUGAUUAAGCAGUAUUUUGCAUAAGCAGAGUGAUAAAUGCUUAUUUUCUUCCCCUAAAAGUUUUUUUUAUUUUUAUUUGGUAGCUUUCGAGCAGGCCUAAAUAAUGUAGUUACUGUACUGUGUUGCCAUGGCGAUGGCCAUCAAAAUGGAGAUGUAUCAAGUUUUUGUGUCACGUCGUCUGACUCAAUUGACCUUUUGCACUGUUGCUCAAGUGUGCAACUAUGAUAUGAAAAAAAAAAAAUUGGCAGCGUCCAAUUCUGGCAUCACCAACAGACAGUUGGAACUAUAACAUGAACCUUUGGCACUUUUGCAACAAGUUACAUAAUGCAGACAAAAAUAACAUUUCCCAAAGAGGGCCUGUGGUGAAUCUUUUGGGUUUUCUUUUGUAGCUCCAACAUAAAGAGCAAUAUGUGCUCAUUAAGUCAUUAUAGUUUCAUGCUCCUAGAGAACCACCGUUUCUUGAUUUUUAGAGGACUGUAAAAAAAACAAAAAAUUAGGAAAAAAAAGACUUUGGCAUGUGUUUUGUCCCAGGACCAUUAUGUUUUUUAUAGCGUGUCUCUAAUGUGAAAGACUGAAAGAUGUUGGAUUGAGAUGAAUGAGACAUAGCCGUGUCUAAAGGUUUUAUUCAUGUGUUCUUUAACUGACAUCUUUUCAUCUCCUCUUUGUUCUUUGGUUUCAUCCUUUUAUGAUGUAAAUAUUAAAGCAUUUUGUAAAGAAGAC